AUGAGAAACCUGAAGCGCCUGCACCGAAGAAAUCUUCGUCUGCUUCGCUCGAUAGAGCUAGCUGAUUUGUCAAAGGAGAAGAGAUUGUCUUUUGUCAGAGCAUGGGAAGAUAGCGAAAAGAGCAAAGCAGAGAACAAAGCUGAGAAGAAGGUCUCUGAUGUUCUUGCUUGGGAAAACACCAAGAAAGCAGCUGUUGAAGCCCAACUCAAGAAAAUCGAGGAGAAGCUUGAGAAGAAGAAAGCAGAGUAUGCAGAGAGGAUGAAGAAUAAGGUUGCAGCUAUUCACAAGGAAGCAGAAGAGAGGAGAGCAAUGAUUGAAGCUAAGCGUGGAGAAGACAUUCUCAAGGCAGAAGAAACGGCUGCUAAAUACAGAGCUACUGGAAUUGUCCCAAAGGCUACUUGUGGAUGUUUCUAA